GAGGAACAUACUGACAAGUCAGUUGUAAAUGAUAUUUCGUCAGACAAGGACAAUGAGCUGUCAGGUGUGCAAGACAGCAUAAGUGGAGAGCCUGGGCACGAAAACGAUGAAGCAAAUGACGAUACGACAGUGUCGUCGAAAGAGUGCAAAGAUGCCUCAUACAAAACAGCCUAUUCGACAGAAUUUUGCAAGGAUAUCUCUGACGAGACAAUCUCUCUGGUCGAUGGAUCAUGUGACACAUACUAUGAGAUGGAGGAAGAUCCUGCUCUUCUAACAAAUGAGAUUACUGAAUCUUCAUCCGAGGAGCCUGAAAUAAACGGUGUACACUCGAGUUAUGUCGAUAGCAACCAUUUGAAUCAUUUAAAGAGCAAUCAAGAUUUACAAACUUUCGCACAUUCCUUAAAAAUCAUCAAAAGGAAAGCAGACUCAAUUUCAAGAGAAAUCAGAAAAAACGAUGGAAAAGCGUUGUUCUGUAAAUUUGCACCAUCUGAUUCAAAAAUUGGGUCAGAUUUCGUUGGGGACCAAGUUUGUGAUGAAAAUUUUGGAGUUGCUGAAUAAUGAGCAAGAACUAAAUGAGCUAAUGAAGGAAGAAAAUGAGGAUUGGGAAAAGCUAAUGAAGGAAGUAAAUGAGGAUUGGGAACAGCCAAUGAAGGAAGUGCUAGCAAAA